UAAGGGUGCAGCAACUCAUCCUGUGUAGGUUAUGGGGAACACUGAGAACUGUGCACUUGUCAGUUUGGUCAGGGUCCAUUGGCUGCUUGUUUUGGUGGGAGGCUGUGAGGGGAAUCAGAUGCAACCCAGCUACAACAAACCUCAGCCCUCCCAGCAGCCUCUUUUGAAUUUGGCUUAACAGAUUCCAAUAAGUUGACAUAAAAUAUUCCCAUAAUGGAAAGGCACUGCCCAAAUAUUUGAUUACAUAAAUUUACCUUUGUCCCACAGAUGAAGUCAAGAUCUUGAUGUAUGAUGAUUAAAUAAGGAGUCCAUGUGGCUCUGGUAUUAUCAGUAUUUUCCUCGUAUUUAUAUUUGAAUGCAAAUACUCAUAUUUGAUUUUUAUUGUGCUAAUGUCCUUCUUAGGCAUAGCCUCAAAGUCUUGACUUCGUAUUUAUCUGCUACUGUAAAUAAUUGGGGAAACUGGACCACAGAAUAUUAUAGGCAUUUUUCUAGUUUGUGAUAAUACCCCAAGAAGAUGCUUUAUUUUUUUUAUUUUUUUUUUUGCCGUAAAUCAAUGCAUCACAAUGGUAUACUGUUGUGUGUGAGUUCAAACCCUUUUCCAAAGUGUUACUAAUGGUAAAGAGAAAUUUUCUAGGCUUCUUUUCUGCCGGUUGAAGUCUGACUGCAGAUGGACCCUUGGCACUGAAAGUGGGGCAAAACGCCGGACCCCAAGCUGCAGGUCAGGUCAUACGUGGACGUCAUGUUGGAGCAGAACUUGUCCAAAGAGGAGAGAGAGAUUCGUCAGCAGCUGGCAGAGAAGGCCAAAUCAGGGGACCUGAAAGCUGUCAAUGGGUCUGCUGCCGCCCAAGCUGUCCCAAAACGUAAGCGUCGCUGGGACCAGACAGCUGACCAAACCCCCACCAAUGCUACACCCAAAAAGAUGUCCAGCUGGGACCAAGCUGAUGCCACUGCUGAGACUCCUGGACAUACUCCUGCACACACGCCUUCAAACAGCCGAUGGGAUGAAACUCCUGGCCGCCCUAAAGGCAGUGAAACCCCAGGGGCCACUCCCAGUACCCGAAUGUGGGACCCCACUCCUAGCCACACACCUGCCGGUGCUGCUACACCGGGCAGAGACACGCCUGGUCAUGCCACACCUGGUCACGGUGGCGCCACAGGAAGCGUUCGCAAAAACCGCUGGGAUGAGACCCCAAAGACAGAGAGGGAGACCCCAGGGCAUGGGAGCGGCUGGGCUGAGACCCCGCGAACAGACAGAGGAGAAGAGUCCGUGGGCGAAACUCCGACUCCAGGAGCCAGUAAGAGAAAGUCUCGGUGGGAUGAAACCCCUGCCAGCCAGAUGGGAUCCUCAACACCACUGUUUACCCCAGGAAAAACUCCCAUAGGCACACCAGCUAUGGAAUUGCAAACCCCAACUACAGCACACAUGACUCCAGAGCAGCUGCAGGCAUGGAGGUGGGAGAGGGAAAUUGAUGAGAGGAACCGGCCUCUAACAGACGAAGAGCUGGAUGCCAUGUUCCCAGAGGGAUACAAGGUGUUGCCUCCUCCUGCAGGCUAUGUGCCGAUCCGAACUCCGGCCCGUAAGCUGGCAGCCACGCCCACUCCGAUUGGAGGCAUGACAGGCUUCCAUAUGCAGGCAGAGGAUCGCACCACAAAGCAGAUGAAUGACCAGCCCUCAGGAAACCUCCCCUUCCUCAAACCAGAUGACAUCCAGUAUUUUGACAAACUGCUGGUGGAGGUGGAUGAGUCCACUCUGAGUCCUGAGGAGCAGAAAGAAAGGAAGAUCAUGAAACUGCUGCUGAAGAUUAAAAAUGGAACUCCUCCCAUGAGAAAGGCUGCUCUGCGUCAGAUCACAGAUAAGGCUCGUGAAUUUGGAGCAGGUCCCCUGUUCAACCAGAUCCUGCCUCUGCUCAUGUCACCCACCCUGGAGGAUCAGGAGCGCCAUCUUCUGGUGAAAGUCAUUGACCGCAUUCUCUACAAACUGGACGACCUGGUCCGACCAUAUGUACACAAGAUCCUGGUGGUUAUUGAGCCACUGCUGAUUGAUGAGGAUUAUUAUGCCAGAGUGGAAGGCAGAGAGAUCAUCUCUAACUUGGCAAAGGCUGCUGGUUUGGCUACUAUGAUCUCCACGAUGCGACCUGAUAUUGAUAACAUGGAUGAGUACGUCAGAAACACCACAGCCCGAGCCUUUGCUGUAGUGGCCUCCGCCCUUGGUAUCCCCUCUCUCCUACCCUUCCUGAAAGCUGUGUGUAAAAGCAAGAAGUCCUGGCAGGCUCGGCACACAGGCAUCAAGAUUGUGCAGCAGAUCGCCAUCCUCAUGGGCUGCGCCAUUCUGCCUCACCUUCGCAGUUUGGUUGAGAUUAUUGAACAUGGGUUAGUGGAUGAGCAGCAGAAAGUGAGGACCAUCAGUGCCCUGGCUAUAGCUGCUCUUGCUGAAGCUGCCACGCCCUAUGGUAUUGAGUCCUUUGAUUCAGUGCUGAAGCCGCUGUGGAAAGGCAUCAGGCAACACAGAGGAAAGGGUCUGGCUGCGUUCCUCAAAGCUAUUGGUUACCUCAUCCCACUGAUGGAUGCUGAGUAUGCAAACUACUACACCAGAGAGGUGAUGCUGAUCCUCAUCAGAGAGUUUCAGUCCCCUGACGAGGAGAUGAAAAAGAUUGUCCUCAAGGUAGUGAAGCAGUGUUGUGGCACAGAUGGUGUAGAAGCCAACUACAUCAAGACUGAAAUCCUGCCCCCCUUCUUCAAGCAUUUCUGGCAGCACAGGAUGGCUCUGGACAGACGCAACUACAGACAGCUGGUUGACACCACUGUGGAGUUGGCUAACAAAGUGGGAGCAGCAGAGAUCAUCUCACGCAUCGUCGAUGACCUGAAAGACGAGGCAGAACAGUACAGGAAGAUGGUGAUGGAGACCAUUGAAAAAAUCAUGGGCAACCUGGGUGCAGCUGACAUUGACCACAAGCUGGAGGAGCAGCUGAUCGAUGGUAUUCUGUAUGCCUUCCAGGAGCAGACAACAGAGGAUUCUGUGAUGCUGAAUGGUUUUGGUACAGUGGUGAAUGCCCUCGGGAAGCGUGUGAAACCCUACCUGCCACAGAUCUGCGGUACGGUGCUGUGGCGUCUCAACAACAAGUCGGCCAAGGUCCGUCAGCAAGCUGCUGACCUCAUCUCCCGCACGGCUGUGGUCAUGAAGACCUGCCAAGAGGAGAAGCUGAUGGGUCAUUUGGGCGUGGUGCUGUACGAGUAUCUAGGAGAGGAGUACCCUGAGGUGCUUGGCAGCAUCCUGGGAGCACUGAAGGCCAUUGUUAACGUUAUUGGUAUGCACAAGAUGACCCCACCAAUCAAAGACCUGCUUCCUCGUUUGACUCCCAUCCUGAAGAACAGACAUGAGAAGGUCCAGGAGAACUGUAUCGACCUGGUGGGCAGGAUUGCUGACAGGGGUGCUGAGUAUGUGUCUGCCAGGGAGUGGAUGAGGAUCUGCUUUGAAUUGCUGGAGCUGCUUAAGGCACACAAAAAGGCCAUCCGCAGAGCCACCGUCAACACAUUUGGUUAUAUUGCCAAAGCCAUUGGUCCUCAUGAUGUUUUGGCCACUCUGCUCAAUAAUCUUAAAGUCCAGGAGCGACAGAACAGGGUCUGCACGACUGUGGCCAUUGCCAUCGUUGCUGAGACCUGUUCACCGUUCACAGUGCUGCCGGCCCUCAUGAACGAAUACCGCGUGCCUGAGCUCAACGUACAGAACGGUGUCCUCAAGUCGCUCUCCUUCCUGUUCGAGUACAUUGGAGAGAUGGGCAAAGACUACAUCUAUGCUGUCACGCCGCUGCUGGAAGAUGCACUCAUGGACAGAGACCUGGUCCAUAGACAGACAGCCAGUGCUGUGGUCCAGCACAUGUCUCUGGGCGUCUACGGUUUUGGCUGCGAGGACUCUCUCAACCACUUGCUUAACUACGUGUGGCCCAAUGUAUUUGAGACGUCACCUCAUGUCAUACAAGCUGUGAUGGGUGCUUUGGAGGGGUUGAGGGUCGCGCUCGGGCCCUGCCGCAUGCUGCAGUACUGCUUACAGGGUCUGUUCCAUCCAGCCAGGAAGGUCAGGGACGUCUACUGGAAGAUCUACAACUCCAUCUACAUCGGGUCCCAGGAUGCCCUGAUUGCUCACUACCCGCAGGUCUACAACGAUGAGAAAAAUGUCUACGUCCGCUACGAGCUCGAAUACACCCUGUAAACCCCCCCCCCCCCCCCCAAAAAAAA